GUUGAGGGUGAAAAAGAGGCUAUUGUACAAGGUCAGGAGUAUGGCAAAGGAAAAGCUGCAUGGUGGUUGGGCUGAAGCAUAUGAGCUGUUGCCUAGAUAUGCUGAGAUGAUUAAGCAAACAAACCCAGGGAGUCAUGCACUUAUAACAUGGGGGGCCAGUAGUGGGGAUGUGAACCCAAAAUUCAGAGCUUGCUUCUUCUCAUUUGCUGCACAAGUCAGGGGGUUUCUAAGGGGUUGUAGGCCCAUAAUUGGAAUAGAUGGGGCUCAUUUAAGUGGUUUCUACAAGGGCAUUCUACUGACAGCAGUUGGCAUAGAUGGGAACAAUGAAAUUUUUGUUCUUGCCUAUGGGAUAGUAGACACUGAGAGUUGUGACAGUUGGACCUACUUCAUGAGAUGUUUGAGGCAAAUGUUUGAGCAGGAGGGUUGCAACAGAGAUGAUUGGACCUUCAUCAGUGAUAGGAUGAAGGGUGUUGAGUUGGCAGUUAGAGAAACUUUUCCUAGAGCAACUAGGAGAGUUUGCUGCCAACACCUAUACAUGAAUUGUAAGAACAAUGGCUCAGUGGAUCUGCAUUCCACAAGCUCUUUUGGAUAGCUGCUAAUGCAUACAAUGAGUAUGUGUUUGGUAAGGCCAUGGAAAAGAUCAGUGAGUACAAUGCAAAUGCCACUGCAUACUUGAACAGCUGCAUUGAGCAGUGGUCUAGGCAUAAGUUUGACUCUACUGUUUGUUGUGAUCACAACACAACAAACUUUGUGGAGUCAUUCAAUGCAUGCACAAAGCCCUUCAGAGACAUGCCUGUCUUCUCAUUAUUGGAAGCAAUCAGAAGUUGGUGUAUGCAGAGGGUGGGGGCUAGAUUUGACAAGGCAGUUGACAUGGAGGAAGGUCAGCUCACUGCAUAUGCAUUGAAAGAGUUAGAGGAGAGGACAGCUGAGUCCAGGUUAUGUUAUGCCACAGCAUGUGGAGGGGGUGAAUUUGAGGUUAGGGAUGGACAUGUCAACUUCCCAAUUAGGCUUGCAACAAGAAUUUGUGCCUGUGGGAAGUGGCAGAUCUGUGGAAUCCCCUGCAAGCAUGCACUGAGGGUCAUAUAUGACCAAAGGAUGAACCCCCAUGAUUUCAUAUCCCCAUGGUUCAAGGCUGCUGCAUACAAGCUAACCUAUGCAGAACAUAUUCAUCCUAUGGCAGAUCCAUCUCAGUGGCCUGACUUUGGCCUUCCUUCCAUUCAGCCUCCAACCAUCAAAAGACCAUCUGGCAGACCUGCUAAGAAGAGAAAGAGAGGGGCAAAUGAACCAAAGAAAGGGAAGAGGAACACAAAUCUGAAAUGUGGAAAGUGUAGAGAGUUUGGUCACAACUCAAGAACAUGCAAGAGUGGAGGAACAAGUGCCACUGGACCAAGCACUUCAAAGAGUGGUGCAGCAGGAGCAAGUACAUCAAAUGGGGGACCAAACACAAGGAAGAGGUCAAAGGCAGCUGCAUAGUCACCUCAGUUGGCUAUAUUUUGUGAAUUGUAGUGCACAAAGCUAAACUAACUUAGUCAAAUCAGUUUAGUCAGAAUCAGUUUAGUUAGAAUCAGUUUUUGGAAACAGUUGUGCAGAGAUCAUUUUUUGGAAACAGUGAAAUGCUUAGAACA